CCGGAGCGUGGGGGGGCGGUCUGAGCUCAGCCCCUUAAAACGGGCGCCCGCGCGGCUCCCGCGCCUCCCCGGCCGGCGGCUCGCACGCCAAUGCGGGUGCGGGCUCGGGACCCCCCGCACCCAUGCGGCGGCUCCAGGACCGGUGCAGGAGGUUCAUGAACCACCCAGCGCCAGCAAACAGCCGCUACAAACCCACUUGCUAUGAACAUGCUGCUAACUGUUACACACAUGCAUUCCUCAUUGUUCCUGCCAUUGUGGGUAGUGCCCUUCUCCACCGGCUUUCUGACGAUCGAUGGGAAAAGAUAACGGCAUGGAUGUACGGCAUGGGGCUCUGUGCGCUCUUCAUUGUCUCCACAGUAUUUCAUAUCGUUUCUUGGAAAAAGAGUCACUUAAGGACAAUGGAGCAUUGCUUCCACAUGUGUGACAGAAUGAUGAUCUAUGUCUUCAUUGCAGCAUCAUAUGCACCAUGGUUAAAUCUGCGUGAGCUUGGACCUCUAGCAUCUCACAUGCGUUGGUUUAUCUGGCUGAUGGCUGCUGGAGGAACCAUUUAUGUAUUUCUCUACCAUGAAAAGUAUAAGAUCGUUGAACUCUUUUUCUAUUUAGCGAUGGGAUUUUCUCCUGCUCUGGUGGUGACAUCCAUGAGCAACACCGAUGGACUUCAGGAGGUUGCCUGGGGAGGCUUGAUCUAUUGUCUGGGUGUGGUGUUCUUCAAGAGCGAUGGAGUCAUUCCGUUUGCCCAUGCCAUCUGGCACAUCUUUGUGGCCACAGCAGCUGCUGUUCAUUACUAUGCCAUUUGGAAGUACCUUUACAGAAGUCCUGCAGACAUAAUUCGUCACUUAUGAGAUAGAUAGAUAUGUAAAAUCUGCACUUGGCCUCUGUAACAGUAUUAUUUGACUUAAGGAAUUCGGGGACAUUGGAAAAUUGCACAGGAAAACUGCACUGACGUUUGGUAGUUCUCUGAACACAAUUACUGUGAACUGAUGUUGUGUGUCCUGCAGUUGCCCAUCGUACGGCAAGUGCUGUAAAUAACCAGGAUACUGUACGGCAGUACCAAGAGUUCAUUCCAUGUUAGUAGAGCUGGCUGCCUGAUGUUUACAAAUAAAUUUUGUAUUCUAGUUUAAUUUUACAAUUUUUAACUACGUGAACUUUUCUAAAUUAGUGAUUCAAAGGGUGAAGUCAGUGCAAUAGCAAAAAUGUAACUCUUGAUUUGCAAUUGGUUUCUGUCACCUUUCCACUACUCAUUUAUUGAACAUGAGUCACAGACAAAUAGUCCACUUUUACCACCCAUUAUCUUGGUAUAAUGUGACUUUUAUAGAAACUUUUUGUGUUUUUUGUAAACUUUCAAGUACAUUUGUUGAACUGAAAACACACAACAGUCAUCUAUGCAGUUACUCAUGUUGCAAAAUCUUGCAAGAAACGGUUACAUUCCACAUACUGUACUGACAAGCGUUGUACCUCUUCCAAGGUUUUAUCGUGGCGCAAUUGUAAUAACCACUUCUACGGACUAAAACCUAAAUGUGAUGCUGCUGAGUUUUAACGUGAUCAUAUUCUGUUCAUCCUUAGUACCACUGAAACAGCACCUUCAUUUGGCUUUAUCCGUGAUGGAAUUUAGGUGCUUUGAGUAGUUAAUGUGAGUUUCUCCUGGAGAUUCCCAGUUCUACUCCCUGUUGGGGUGUUGGGGUGAGCGCUGGCUUUCUAGCAGCUGUCACUGGUAAGGAAGGUGGAGAGCCAAUACCCCUAUCCAAACCAGUCACACAUUUCUCCAGAAGAGAUGUACCCGUAUCGGUGCUGUAAUAUUAAGGCUUGGAUUUUCAAAGGGAUUUAAAUUGGCCAGCAGAACCAGUUCCCACCAACUUCUCUUGGGGUUCUGCUGGGAGGUCCUGGCCAGAGCAGCAGGUCCAGCGCAAUUGCUGACCACGUUGAAUUCACUGGUUCUUCCCAAGCGCAGCCUUUCAGGAGGAGUGCUUGGAGAGCCUGAGGCGGUGUUGCUUGUCUUUCUGGGACCUAACACAGGGUAAAACUCAUCUUUAAUAGUAUUGCUGUGUUUCUGUACAGGAAAACCAGAAGUGGUAGUGAGUUGUGGUUGUAGAACACGUGAGUUGAUUGGCCAGAUGUAGAAGAGUCAGUGUGAUGCUGUGUGUCCAGUAACUGUAUCCUGCCCCACUAUCUAAUGAAUGUCUUAUAUUAAGAUUGACUUUAUCCUUUUUCUAAUUUACUCGGGUUUUCAUGUCAGUAUUUAAAAACAAAACCAAAACGUGUUGCCUUUUUCAGAUUUUGUUCUGGAUGUUGCCUGUCUGCAAACAAUAAGUAGCGAGAUAGGGAAGGUUUUCAAGGUACCGUUUAGUGUUGCACCUAGAUGUGCCAGUGGGUUGCGUAUUUUAGAAUAUAUACAUUUGUUUAUGGAUUUUACAAGAGGGAUAAACUUCAAAUUCAAGGCAUUGAAGAAGAAUUGCUGUACGGUGUUAGGAGGUGACUGGAGAAACAGCACCGCUCCAGCAGACUGGUUAACUGCCCCAAAAGAGAGCCAGUGGAACAGCUGGGCAGGUAAUUCCUAGUACAACGGUCUCACACAUCUGGAUGCCUCAGUUUUUUAACAUUGUGUCUAUUUUAAUAUUUUCCACUUUUUGUGAGUUCAUAUAUUUUGUUUAAAUGCAGUACUGUUAAAACCACUGAAAUACAUGUAUUUUCUGUAGAAAAAAAAAGUGAAACUAUUGCUUGAGUAUGUUUGUUUUAAUUUUAAGUUAAUUUUUCAUGGCAUUGCUUUUUGGAGUGUUUGAAAUGGUUUUUAAAAAAUUUCAAUUCGCCAAAAAUAUUUUGAAUUACUGUGUUCUAGUCAAUAUGAUAUUGAAUGUACUAGACUAACAAUAAACAUUUUGUGCAAUUUGGAAA